AACAUGUCAGCUGCCACCUGUCUGCUGUCUGAAGAGAGCUUUCUGUGCUCCGUCUGCCUGGAUGUGUUCAACACUCCUGUCUCCUUACAGUGUGGUCACAACUUCUGCAGGAGCUGCAUCACUCAAAACUGGAGAAUCAAUAGAAAAAUCCAGUGUCCUGUGUGUAAAAAGCGUUUUGACACAAGUCAUGAGCUGCAUGUCAAUAUUUUUAUCUCUGAGAUGGUUGCUCAGUUCAGAGAGUCAGCUGUAAAGACAGCCUCAGAGGUUGCCAAACCAGGAGAGGUCCCCUGUGACAUGUGCACUGGGGUCAAACUGAAGGCUCUCAAGUCCUGCCUGGUGUGUCUGGCCUCGUACUGUGAAACUCACCUGCAGCAACAUCAGACAGUGUCAGGCCUAAAAAGACACAAGCUCAUGGACCCGCUGGAUAACCUGGAAGACAGAAUAUGUACAAAGCACAAUGAACUCUUGGAGCUGUUCUGCAAGACUGAGCAGAUGUGUGUAUGUCAGUUUUGUAAUGAGUCGGACCAUGAAACACAUGACGUUGUUCCUCUUAGUGAAGAAUGCGAAGGAAGGAAGACUGACCUGGAGAGGACGCAGGCUGGAUUUCAGCAGAUGAUCCAGGAGAGAGAGCUGAAGAUACAGGAGCUCAGACGGUCAGCAGAGAUCAGCAAGGCAGCUGCAGACAAAGAGACAGCAGAUGGUGUGCAUGUCUUCUCCGAUCUGAUGCAGUUUGCUGAGACAGGCCUGGCUGAGCUGAGUGAGCAGAUUAAAAAGAAACAGAAAAUGACAGCUAAAUCUGCCGAGGGCUUCAUCAAAGAGCUGGACCAGGAGAUCUCAGAGCUGAUGAAGAGGAACAGCGAGGCUCAGCAGCUCUCAUGCUCUGAUCACUUCCACCUCCUGCAAAACUUCUCAUCUCUGAAUACUUGUCCAAACACUAAGGACUGGAACAAAGUCAGCCUCCAUCAGCCAUCGUUUGAGGGAGCUGUGGCCAGAGCUGUGGCUCAACUUAGGGAAACGCUCAACAAAGUUACGACGAAGCUGCUUGAGUCUGAAUUGAAGAGGGUGCAGCAGUGCGCAGUGGAUGUGACUCUUGAUCCUAACACGGCACAUCCUAAACUCAUCUUGUCUGAUGAUGGUAAGCAAGUAAAUCACAGUGAUGUGGAGAAGAAUCUCCCAGACAAUCCAGAGAGAUUUUCAUACUGUGUCAUGGUCUUGGGGAAGCAGAGCUUCUCCUCUGGCAGAUUCUACUAUGAGGUGGAGGUUAAAGGGAAAACUAAAUGGGAUUUAGGAGUGACCAGCGUGUCGGCAAACAGGAAAGGACAAGUGACAUCAAGCCCGGAGGCCGGCUACUGGACCCUGCAGCUGCGGAAUGGAAAUGAGUAUGUAGCUCUUGCCGACCCUGAUGUUGUGCUGUCUCUGAAAUCACAGCCUCAGAAGGUGGGGGUGUUUGUGGACUAUGAGGAGGGACUGGUCUCCUUUUAUAAUGUUGAUGCUGCAGAUAUUAUCUACUCCUUCACUGGCUGCUCCUUUCCAAACAAACUCCUCCCAUUCUUCAGCCCCUGUUUCAAUGAUGGUGGUAACAACUCUGCGCCUCUCAGGAUCUCCAUUGUUCAACUGAACUGAAAACUGAUUAAAUCAAAUGUUUUUUAUUAUCAUUUAUUUUUUAUUUAUUAUUUCCUAUCACUUAAGUCAUCACUUAAGUCAGAUCGCUCAAGUCAGAAAGCUUUGUUUCCAGACACACCCUGCCAUGUCCCUUCAUUAACACCCAUUGUGUUUCAAAUGUAUUCAUUUGUUUUGAUUUUAAACUGAAAAUUAUGUAAAAUUAUAUAUUAAUUGGUAUUGUUGCAAUAGUUUUCAUACAAUUGAACAUCAGUGUUUCAGUUUGUUGUUGUUUGUUAGAUCAAGUUUACAUUUCUAGAUACUGGUAACAGAAGCUAGACCUUUCGACCAUUUACCCAUUACUUCUAUUUUUCUCAAUAAGUAUGUGUUGUUCGGGAAUAGGCUGACUUUGAUAAAUGGAUAUGUAUUUCUGAAAUCAAUCAGUCCAUUUACCUGUUUAUCCUGUGCAUGAUUAUACAGGUCUGUAGGUUACCUUUAUCUACUGUAUGUAUCUAUUUAGAUUAGAUUAUGAUUUUACAUUACGAGAACUGUAGAGGAUUUUAAAUUAAUCUGUUUUUAUACUUUUAAUAAAAUAAUGUUUGCAUUGUUGAUGUAACCAUAAUAUGCUUAUAACUAAGUGACUUUUUAUAAAACUUGCUGUGCAACGUUACAGAAGAACAGACUGAACUUAUGAUAUUGUUUGAAGGCCACCUGGGGAAAAACAACUCCUUAUAUGGUAGACAUCCCGGAACAGAAGUAAGACAAAAAAACGAGGAAUAGAGUAGCGUAUUGUCUCUCUUUGUGUGAAUCUCUCACAGAUCCACCGCCACGAGGGCUGUCCCGCAUAGAGGAGUCAGAUAACACAAGGUGAAACAAAACAGAGAACACGUGGAGGAGCAAAACAAGAAGACAGCGGCAUGGACCGAUAAGAAGAGACUCAACCCACAUUGUAUCAUUUCCUCUGUGUAAGAAUAUGAAAGACUGGGUCAGGAAGAGGUAGUGUGUCAGACUUCGUGAACUGGCACAACUGCAUGUUGUUGUCAGGGAGAGAUAGUUUGGGCCAGAGCUCUCCUUUUUCUAAUGCUAUAUUGCUGUUAGCUUUAA